AUGAAACCAUCCACUUCGAAUACCGGCUUUUUCCAGGAACUCCCGGUUCUGCCGAACCAAUUCUUCGAUGAUGCCAGCUUUCAAAGGGCCUUGAGGUUAUUCCUACCAAAGGAUAUCAUCGAGCGUGUCGAAGUCGACAUUGCGCAACUCGGCGAGGAUGUGCUAUCCGACCAAGUCUUCUCCUGGAUUACAGACUCGGAGAAGAACAAGCCGUACUUAAAGGGCAGCGGCCGUGACUCCUUUGGGCGGCCAACAUCCGAGCUGGUCGUCGGCGAAGGCUGGCGCAGCUUGCAAGACUUUGGCAUUCGAAAGGGCAUCGUCGCUACAGGGUACGACGCCUCACUCGGCUCCUCCGCCCGCGUAGUGCAGUUCUUGAGGAUUCACUUAUGGGGGAGUUCGGCUUCGAACGUCACCUGCCCAUCGGCUAUGCAAGAUGGCGCCGCUCGGCUCCUGCAACUUCACCUAUCUAGAGACAUCGAACCAACGCAACGAAUGGCACUAGAGAAUGCUCUUCAACAUCUCCUGUCACGGGAUCCAACAACUGCCUGGACUAGCGGGCAGUGGAUGACGGAGCGAACCGGCGGAAGCGAUGUAUCCCUCACCGAAACAGUUGCCCAGCACACUCCAUCCUCGGAAACGGCGCUGGCAAACGCGGCGGAGAACAUCCCUCUAGGCCCGUGGUCAAUCUCUGGAUUCAAGUGGUUUUCCAGCGCCACCGACUCUGCCAUGACCGUCCUCCUUGCGAGGACGCAAAGCGGCAUCAGUGCCUUCUUCGCACCAAUGAGGCGACACAACCCCACGGCAGUCACAAUGACGGGGCGGCCCAAGGGCGCCGCCGGAACGGAGCUGAACGGCGUCCGGAUCCAACGACUGAAGAACAAGUCUGGUACGCAGUCGCUCCCCACGGCCGAGCUCGAGCUUGAUGGCAUGCGAGGGUGGCUCCUGGGCCAGGAGGGCCGCGGCAUCAACGAGAUCAGCACCAUUCUCACGCUCACGCGCAUACACUCCGCCGUAGGUGCUGUAGGAUACGUGGGCCGAGGAUUAGCUAUCGCGAGGGCGUACGCCAAAGUCAGACAAGUCGGCGCAGGAAGGGGUCAGCGGAUGCUUCUGGCGGAAAGCCCACUACACAUGCACACUUUGGCGGAGAUGACUGGGGAGUAUCACGGUCUCAUGCUGCUGACGUUUUUCACGGCAUACAUUUUGGGACUGGACGAGAAUCCUCAAGCGGACGGAUCUGGCCUAUCGAAUGCUCUUGCUGCGAUCACGCCAGACCAGAAGCACAUUGCGCCCCUUUUGCGCAUCCUGACACCGCUCUGCAAGGCAUAUGUCUGCAAGAAGUCGAUCCCGCUGCUGUACAGUUGCAUGGAGGCUCUCGGAGGUGUCGGGUACAUGCUGAACGAGGAGACCGAGUAUCUGAACAUCGCCAGACUAUACCGUGACUGCUGCGUGCUGUCAAUCUGGGAGGGCACUACGGAUGUCCUCGCAACGGACUUCUUGCGAGCGUUGAAGCAUCCAAAGGGAGGACAAGAGUCCAUGGACGCCCUCGAUGCUUUCUUUGCCCAAAAUCAUACGGUAGGAGAGCCCAAUGUAUGGAAACCGGUAGACUCGUGGAGUGCAGUCAAAUCCUCCCUGAUGGACAAGUCACAAGCAGAUCUCAUUGUGGAUGCAAGACACAUCCUCUGGGCCGUGGCAGAAGCGCUCAUUGGCGUGCUGCUCCACGAAGACUAUGGGAAAGGCGGAAGCCAAGCAGCAUUCGACGUUCUCUCCCGCCAUCAAGCUCGCUGUGGUGGUCAGACAUUUGGGAGACCGACUCCAGGAACUUCAGAUGAGCCGCAGCUUGGCACACAAGACAGACUGGAAAGGAACUUCACCAUCGUCUAUGGUAGAUCGGGCUCAAGCAAAGCGCCUCUCUCAAAGCUCUAG